GGGAGUCGCCGUCGGCCAACGCGGGAGCUGCUCGCGUCGUGGAUCGGGGUAGAAGAUGAUGGGCUUUCUGCGCCGGACGUUCAGCCGCCGUUCGCGGAGACGGCUGCAGACGGCGGCGGAGGCGGACGAACGGGACGGUAAGGGGGGAGGAGGAGGAGGAGGCGGAGGUGGAGGUGGAGGUGGUAGAGGGGCAACCGGGAACCCCGCGCUCCUCGCUCACCAGCAGCAGGUCGUCCAUGCGCCCGCCGUGGUCACCGGAGGAGCGGCGGUGCACAUCCCGGCGGCCGGCACCGCGCGUCCGGUCGUCACCUGCCGGGUUCUGCUGCUGGACGGCUCGGACGUCAGCGUGGACCUGCCGAGCAAAUCAAAAGGCCAGGAGCUCUUUGAUCAGAUCUUGUAUCAUUUAGACUUGGUGGAGGCCGACUACUUUGGACUGCAAUACAUGGAUACGGAGCAAGUUUCGCACUGGCUAGACAUGUCCAAGCCCAUAAAGAAGCAGAUCAGAGAUGGUCCUCCCUACAGGCUGUUCUUCAGAGUCAAGUUUUACUCCUCGGAGCCGAAUAACCUACACGAGGAAUUCACCAGGUAUCUGUUUGUGCUGCAGCUACGGCAAGACAUUCUGUCCGGCAAGUUGAAAUGUCCGUACGACGUCUCCAUAGAACUGGGCGCCUAUUGUUUACAAAGUGAGCUGGGAGACUGCGAUCCUUUGGAGCACUCUCCCGAACUGGUGUCGGAGUUUCGCUUCACCCCCAAACAGAGCGAGGCCAUGGAGGCAGACAUCUUCAGCAAAUGGGUGGAGCUCAGGGGAAAGAGCCCAUCUCAAGCAGAGAUCAGCUUCCUCAAUAAAUGCAAAUGGCUGGAGCUUUAUGGAGUAGAUAUGCACUUUGUGAAGGGCCGAGAUGGAGGGGAGUACGCUCUAGGUCUCACUCCCACCGGCAUCCUGGUGUUUGAGGGCUCAAGCAAGAUAGGCCUCUUCUUCUGGCCCAAGAUCACCCGUCUGGACUUCAAGAAGAGUCGACUCACGCUGAUCGUGGUGGAAGACGACGACCAGGGACGGGAGCAGGAGCAUACGUUCGUGUUCCAGUUGGCCAGCUCCAAAAGUUGCAAGCACCUGUGGAAGUGCGCCGUGGAGAGUCACGCCUUCUUCCGGUUGCGCCAGCCGACUGCAGGCAAGGCCAGCCACAGCGAUUUCACACGCCUCGGGUCACGCUUCAGAUUCAGUGGUAAGACAGAGUACCAGGCCACUCGGGGCAGUCGGCUAAGGAGGGCCAGCACAUUUGAGAGGAGGCCAAGCAAGAGAUACCCCUCCCGCUCUCACUCACUGGGCAAAGCUAUUUCGCCAGCCAAACCACAGCACGCUGGCGCUCGAGCCAGCCCUGACCCCAGCCUGCAUCUGUACCAGCAUAACAUUCCCAUUGGUCGUGACCCCUGGCACCCGCCCCACCCGGCCCUCACCCCCCCAGUUUACCUGCAGCACACCGGGCACACACCGCCCCACAGUUACCCUCUGAGCGGUCCCGGUUCGCAGCAUCAGUUCAGCGUCGAGGAGAACGAGGCCCAGUAUUCGGGGAAGGUCCACUGCCAUCGCCGCCGGCACACACACAGCCAGGACACUUUGUGCCACACACACACCAACGCCAAACACCGAGCCCCUCCUUGCCCGGCAGACGAACUGGACCUGUCUCAGUCUCUGCUCAAGGCCCUGGAGUCUGACAGCGACUCUUCCCCUUGGCCGUCUCUCCACAUCAAUAUCGACAAGGGUGAGGAGAAGCAGCUGUCUGAAAAGUCCCUGCACCCCCCCGCCUCGCCGUCGUUGCUGCCGGACCACCUCAAAUGCAACAUCCUCAAGGCGCAGAUGGAGGCGGCUUUCAGGAAGGAAGCUCCGACGCCGCCGAGGGGGAAGAACUCGGGCGAGGCUCUGAACGACAGAUAUCAGAGCUCGCCCCAAGAUUCAGCCCCGUCCAGUCUGACCGCAGACAAGACCCCCCAUCGGCCAGAGUGCAACCCCACCCCGGAGAGACUGCAACCCAGGCCCAACCCGAGCACCAACCGCAGGAAAAGGCUGGUUCGCCAGUUCAGCUUCAACCAUGAAGAUGAGGAUAAUCUCCCAGAAGCCCUUGCGGCAAUCUCGUCCCAGAGCGCGGGCAAGUCUGGAUCUACCAGUUCGUUGGACAAACAAGUACAACCACCCAUAUACCCACAGGUGGACAAUAUGCCCACACUGGAACUGGGUAGUCCCUGCUGUCCCUCUCCUUCUCCGUCCCCACACCUCUCCCCUUCCUUCUACCAUAGCUCCAUCCCUCACCUGGUCCCGUACCUUGCCGCCCACACGGACAGGGAGGAGGUGAGACUGGACAGAGAGAAGAUACUAAGGGCACUCCUGAUGACAGAGCUCUGAGACGCUGACCCUUGACCCCCCCUCGUGACGUUGCCACCGACCCAGUGUCAAAGGGAGGCCGAAGCGGAGUCGCCAAAGUCCCAAAGUCGCCAGCUGCACUCAGCAUUUGUACAUUUGCAUAAUGCAGUCAACAUUUCCAAAUAUAUAUUUACA